CGAUCACAAAGGCAACAACAACAACAAAUAUCAACAAUAUGCUAGAGAUAACAACAAAUGAUCAUAAACAACAUAAUGAUAUGAACGAUAUGGAAACUACAGCUGCCAUAUCUUUAUUUCAUAUUGAUUCAUCAUUGGUGCCACCGUCACAAACACAAUUAUCAUCACGAUCAUCGAUACUGCAUUUUGAUGGCAUUUCGAUCAACAACGAUAUCAGGGCUAAUAUACAGGAUGUUUGCUCUUCAGCUCCAGCAUCAUCUUCACCACAACCACAGCCAUUAUCGUCAUUUGCAUCAAUGACAGGAAAUGGUUUUAAGAAAAUCCAAGAAGAACUCCAUAUUCAACAACAUCAACACGAACAUCAUAAUCAAGGAAACUAUAUGAUGAUACCAAUGAUGAUGUUUCCAAACCACCAUCAUCAUCAUCAAACUGCUAUUCAUCCACAAGUAGAUCAAGUCACGACCGCUACGAAUGCUUCGAAUUCAAAUUCAACAAUGCCACAUUUUUCAACCGAUGACAUUUCUUAUUCUCACCAUCUUCAUCCAACAAUAUUGAUGGCUCAUCACCAUAAUCAUAGCAUAAAUCAAUCGCCAUCCUCAUCAUUGAUAUCUAAUCAAGAGCAAUUUCUUUAUCAUCCUCUCAAUCACCAAAUAUUCAGUAAUCCUAUAGCAUCCAAUUCUAAAGAAUCAGAAUCACAAUCACAAUCAGCUAUAGCUGCAACAACAACAUCGACAACGACAACUACGAUACCUCAUCAUCAGACAAAAUUUCGUUAUUCUCAUCAUCAUCAUCAUUCACCAUCGACGGUCAUAUCGACUAUUGGAACACCUCCACCCAUUCAUCGUCAAUUGCAACAACAAUCUCAGCCACAAAAGCAAUCACCAACAUCAUCUCCAAACCAUUAUACAUCUACUUUGCAUUCGAUAAAAUCCACAACAAAAAUGACAAAUGGUCAAUCGAAAAAAAUCACUAGAAAUGAUUCCAAUUCUUCAUCUUCAUCUUCAUCAACGAAAUCUAGCCAUCAUCAACAAUGUAAAGUUUGUGGCGAUACACCUAUUGGAAAAAAUUUUGGUGUCGUAACAUGUGGUUCGUGCAAAAUAUUCUUCAGUCGUAACAUUGAUUCCAAGGAACGACUUCAAUGUCGAAAUCAUAAUCGUUGUAUGGAUUCGAUUAAUAAAUCGAAUCGCCGAAAUUGUUCAGCAUGCCGUUUGGAUAAAUGUAUUCGACUAGGUAUGCGUGUCAAACGUAACCGACAGAAGCAACAUUCUUCAACAACCAAUACCUCAUCAAUUGAAUCCCCAAAAAUUAUACGAAAUGCUAAUCGAAGCCUUUCCGAAUCCUCAUCGAAUCAUAUCAAUGGAAAUUAUAGUCAGGUUCUUAGCCAUGAUCAAGGAUCAUCGCAAGCAAGUGAUGACAUUGAAAUAAAUGAUCAAGAAACUGGCGGUUUGGAUGAUCCAAUGGAUUAUGUUGACAUUCCAAGUUUGGUACAGAUCGAACAUGGAGCUGUCAAUUCAUCAUCUAACCCUAAUGUACGGAAUGAAUUCAAUUAUUUAUCUUCGACUGAGAAUCUAUUCUCCAUUUCUAAUUGCUCUGAUUAUGAUCUCACCAAUGAAUCGACAUCGAAUCAACAACCGACAACAUCUGCGGAAAAGGAUGAAAUGCUACAGCCCGUUCGAUCCGAAUCGAUUAUUCAACUUCUUUCUUAUCAACAGCAGCGACAACAACCAUUGUUCAAUAGUGUUUCUGUCAUUCAACAAGCUCCUCCUUCUCGGCCACCAUCAUCAGCUUUGGUGGUAUCAACACACAAUGAAAAUGAUGAUAGCUUGAUUGCUGAAUCAGAAGAUGAAGAUAAUAAUGACGAAGAAGAAGAAGAUGGAAUAGAAGAGGUGCUUGAAAAGCAAGAGAAUUGUCAGCCGAUUUCCUAUGUUUCAGUUUGUGCCUAUUCUGAACAGCAGUCUUCGACAUCUAAAUCAGGAGGCACCAAUAAUAAUAGCAAUGAAGAAUCUAGUAAUCAAAUGCUGGUGCCUUAUAAUUCAUCAGCAGCAUUGAUAACUGCCAGUAAACUGAUAGGUGUGGAUGAAGAAGAUAUAGAAUCCAUUGAACAACAGACUCAUGAUGGUUUCAAUUAUAGUCACGUGCGAUCAUCAAUCAAUGCUCAUACAAGAUAUAAUUAUAGCAACUUUUACGAUGAAAAUUAUUAUAAAUAUUAUUAUCUACCAUCCAAUUUAAAUAAUUAUCAUGAUCACCAUAAUAGCAGCUAUUCAAAUGAUCUACAACAAAAUUCAUCAAAUGUUGUUGAUGAUGAUGGCGAUUCAAUGAAUAAUACGCAUUUGACUAUCGUUCGAAAUCGUUAUGAUGAUAAUAAUGGCUAUAGUCAUAAUAAUCGUAGUAAUCUUGCAUCAGUCGAACUAUGUAAAGUUGAAGCCCGAAAUUUCGGUGAUCAAGACCAUGCAUUGAUUGCUGAUCUAGAGAAAUGGCAACCUUAUAUACGAAUACAUAUGGGACUUGAUUACACAACCACGGCGCCAUUACAAACAUCGACAUCUACGAUGAAUAUUCGAAUCAACGAGGCCGAUUAUCAACAUUAUCGUCAUAAACUAUUUGCUAAAGAACGAGAAAAAAUUGAAUAUCUCAAUUCAACCUGUCGAAUGAUCUCUGCUAAGCCUCAAUCACAUGAUCAGCUACGUGCAAUAUUCGAUAGCCUCGAAAGAGGUAUAUUCUAUGCAAACAAAUCAUUCAAAUUGUACGAAGAAUUCUGGUGUGAAUCCGAAAUAUCCGAAUUGAUUCGCCAAAAUAAAACUGGUUUUAUCAAGAAAAAGAAUAACUUAUUGCACAUGUUGUAUCACUUGAGAGGUGUACAGAAUUUUGAUGACAAUUUGAAUGCAUGGGCCAUUUUUAAUGGCGUGAGCGACAAUGGAUUCACAAUGAUCAAGUUGGAUAUGUUUCAGCAAUCGGUCAAGAAAGAAAUGGCUGCCGCACAUCGACAAUACAUAACAUCGUUUCCACAGGAAUGGCGUAAAGACCCCACCGUAUUUAAUUUGAUGACUUAUCUGUUGUUGUUUGGCGCAUUCGAUCGACCACAUUCCCCAUUCAAAUGUGACAAGUUGACAUAUUUUCAAUAUCUAUACCUGUUCAAACGUUACUUUGAAUGCAUGUAUCAAGAUGAAGAACAAGCACAACAAAUGCUGUUAUGGAUGCUGAAAUUAAUACGACAAUUAAGCCCACUAUGUUCAGAAUGUCUGACCGCCUGUACGCAUAGUCUUAAUCCAGCCGUAUUGAAAAAGAUUGGUCCGAAUUAUGCACAAUGUUUGAUGAUGGAAGAAAAACAAUUAAAAAAAUCCUUUCCAUCCUCGUCCUCAUUAUGUUCUUCAUCUGUAUCAAUGUCAUUGGCAUCCACAUCUUCAUGUUCGAUUAAAUCGACCAAUCAAGCGCAGACAUCAAUGGCUACUAUACCGAAAAUGGUUCCAAACUCAUCGUCAUCAUCUUCACAUGUUGAAUGUGACAAAAACAACACCAUAAAUGAUCAGUCACAUAAUCUUAAUGCUGAUGAACCGAUGAUUAUACAAGACGAAUAAAUCAAAUUUGCCCACUUUCCAAUCUCAUUACCAUCUCUCAUUCUGCCAUCACUCUCGAGCAUGUCUUCCACCCGCUCUUUCUUGCUUUCUCACAAACACUGGCACCAUAACAAAUCGUACCAAAAAAAAGGAGAAAAAAACAGAUUAUUUAAUUGGAAAUCAUGACAUGAAUUUCACAGCAACAAUCAUUCCUCAUUCCUGAUCAUCAUGCAUAAACAAAACAUUUGAGAUGAACUUGGAAAAAAUUAAUUUAUCUAUUGUGUAAAUUGAAACAAUUCUGUAGUAAUUGCUGAUUGAAUAUUAAUAAUAAAUUUAAUGAAAUGUUUGAUUAAUAUUGAAAUGAUCCCUUAGAGAUGAACCUGAAUGGUAUUUUCUUCCUCUCAAAUCGUAUAGAAAUCUGGUACCGUGUUAAUUGAAAAAAACAGCUCGUAAAUCUUUUGUUUCGACCAAGUAAUCGUUUUACGUUUAAAAGAGAAGCACGAAAAUACGGCGAUUAUAUAAUAAUGAGAUGAUCAUAAUGACAAGAUACUUUGCAAAUAGAUCGAUUGAAUAUGUGAAUUAUUCGCUUUUUAUUCUCUCAUUCAGAUAUAUUUUUCUCAUUGAAAACAUAUGCCGCCACCGAAUAGAACAUGUUCACAUGAAACUUGCAUAAUCUCUCCCGAAUAAUAAAUCAAUAUUCAAUUUGGUGCCCACUUUUUCAUUGUUCGAUUGAAAUGUGAAUAAAUCAUGAGUUGGGUGUCUGUCUUAUCAAGAAUACUAGUGGGUCUUUUAUGUUGCUAGAAAUCAUAUUUAUUAUAACAUUAACGGAAAUAUAAGACUAGUUCAUCAUGGGCAACAUGGUGUGUUCUAUAAAAUAAAAAAAAUUAAGACAUGGAAAACAUCCGACUUGAUAAUUUCAACAUUUCCCAAAUCAUUAUUGAAAUGAUAAAAAUAAAAACGAUGCAAACUGUUUUUCGAGCAUUGUGGUUAUUAACUAACGCUGAUGCCACACCAUCGACAUACUCGAUACCGCCACAUUUAUGGUGAAUCUUAUCAUCGACUUGGAACUCUGCCAACGAUAGCUUUAAAGUUUCUGUAACAGAUUGAUUGAUUGUGGAUUCAAUAGGUUUUUUUGGUUGUGUGGACAAUUUAUAUUUUUUCAGGCCAAUUAAUCUUUGUCUUAUCCGAUUAAUAUUGAAUGGCACUUUGUAUUGAAGAGCUUUGAAUUGCCAACUUUGUUCACUGUUUGUUUCGUACGAACUAAUGCUAAAUGAUUUGGUCGAAUUAAUUGAUGAUAAUGAUUGCAAACUAACGGACUUGAGACUUUGGUCAUCUUGUUGACUUGUAAAAAUGAUUUUCUUCUUGAAACUAUCACAAGAUGAUAAUGAAGUGCCUGAAGAGCAAUGUAAUAAAGAUCUCAAAGACGAUGAUGUUGAUAUCGAUGACAACUCGUCAAAUGUAUCAAAAGAACCGUGUUUAUCAGUGGCAUCCAUUUUAUCGCCAAUCAAUUUGCUGCCUGAUGUUGGCAAUGAUUCAUUUUCGUUUAACUUUGAUGCCGGUUCACUAUCGCCAACAUCAGAAUCAAUUGUGUUACUAUAAUCAUUGGCUUGCAUCAUUUCUUG